GGAAAACCAGUCUGGCUUCUGUCAAAACUCUCACUGACGUCAACACCGGGUAUAUAAGUGAUUGUUUGCGCCCAGUUUUAUCAGUCAGGUUAAGAAGCCGAACUUAGACAUUCAGAUCGCAAAGAUGGUGAAAACGGGAUUAUUAUCAGCUGUGAUGCUCGUCACUCUGUUUGCCAUCAUCGGCACAUCAAAGGCCGUUCCUCAUAACCACGAACCAGCUUGCGGUAACACAGCUUGCAUAUUGGUCUACCAGCCCGUUUGUGGCAGCGAUGGCAAGACAUACUCCAACUCUUGCUUCUUUGAUAUCGAGAAGAGGUGCGAAAAUCCAGCACUAACGGUGCGAUGCCAAGGAAGAUGCACCGAGUGUUGAGAUUAGUGAGUGACAGAAGUACCCAUUAAAUAUGGAGAAAAUAGUUGAAAAUACCACUGAUGUAAUUCUUCACGAAUGUCACUGUAUAUUUGACUUAAAUUUCCUACCUCAAAUAUCUGUUUCAUUCACUGAAUAAAUUAUUAUUGAACAUUGUAUAAUUCAUGGAAAAUUAAAUAAAACCUGUAUCUAAAA